AUGAACGACACAGAGGGUCUCGCCAUCGCAAUCGAGGAGGCCAAGACGGGCGCCUUGGAGGGCGGUGUCCCGAUCGGAGCCGCUCUUGUGUCCGCAGAUGGCAAGCUCCUCGGCCGCGGUCACAACCGCCGCGUCCAGAUGGGUUCCGCCAUCCACCAUGGCGAGACCGAUGCCCUCUUUAACUCGGGCCGCCUGCCCGGAAAGGCAUAUAAAGGCAGCACAAUGUAUACUACUCUUUCUCCCUGCGACAUGUGCACCGGGGCCUGUCUGCUCUACGGUAUCUCUCGCGUCGUCAUUGGCGAGAAUAAGACCUUCCUCGGCGGCGAGGAGUAUCUCAAGCAGCGCGGCGUCGAAGUCGUUGUUGUUGACAACAAAGAGUGCAAGGCUCUCAUGGAUAAGUUCAUUGCUGAAAAGCCUGAAAUCUGGAACGAGGAUAUUGGGGAGGAAUGA